UUCCUGAAGUACCGAUAUAACUACACGCCGCCUGCCGACCUUGAAAAUCAAGUUAGGGAAGCGGCAGAACAAGUAUACCUUAUUGCUAAAGGCGAAGAUAUACGAAGCAUUGAUCUCACCAAGGAUCGGCGGUUGAAAUUCCAAUUGCUGGAUUUGUUAGGGGAAAGAUUAUGUCACGUAGUUCCCAAUUCCGAGCUGCAUCAAAUGAAAACAGUUGGUGAUUUAAUUGACUUUUACGGGCGACCAUUCCGGAAUCUUACGCAAUAUGCGCAAAUGGCUCGCGAUUGCAAGAAUACAUUACCAAAGAAUUUGCAUAUAAUGGAGCAUCCGGUUCGAUUUCACCCUGAAGAUACUCACACUUACCACGGAGGCGAAACAGCUUUUCCUGGCCGAGGAGGCGAAGUGUACAGCUUGCGGAACAAAAGAUUAUACAGGCAAUUCAAGCCCAAAAAAGACUGGUUCGAUUACGAAGAAGAGUCAUUCGAUUACACUCGUCCGGACGAAGGCAUGCCGUGGGAUCCCAAGAUCGCUGAGCGUAUGGAUCGAUAUCCAACAAAAAGAUUCAGCUUGAAGUCGAAAAUGUUCACACGAACUUGA